GGUCUCAGCUCCCUGCAGGUCCCCUCAGCCUCUCCUCUCCUUCCACCCCACAGAGCCCAGGGAACGUCAGCCCCGGGCCUUGAGGCUUCUUGGCCACGAUGGGGAAGGGAACCCAAAAGCCAAAUUCUUCAGAUCAAGAGGAACCCCUGAACACCUGCAGUGAUCCAGAGGAACAGUCCAAAUGUGGGUCCUACAGAACCAAGUUAGACUGGAAAACAUUCCCCAAGGAGCGUGUUUUCCUCGCUCUGAGUGUGUUCCUGGGGAUCCUCAGCUUGAGCCUGGCUGGAGCAGUGACUGUUCUCAGUGCGAGACCUCGGAUCCCUGAGCCCGAAUUCUCCCACGUGUGCCCAGACACCUGGCCUGGUUUCCAAGGAAAAUGUUAUUAUUUUUCCAAGGCUGAGGGCAAUUGGAGCACGGGCCGGGAAAGGUGUGAGGCCCUGGGAGCUUCACUGGCCACCAUAAGCACCGGGGAUGAACUGAACUUCCUUCUGCGCCACAAAGGCGAAGCAAACCACUGGAUCGGGCUGGAA